AUGCCCCCGCCUGUCCCUCCCACCCGGGGCCCGCUGGGGUCCCUGCUCCUGACCCACAGGCCAGCAUCCACUCCCUGCCCUGGCCCUGGCCGGCUGAAUGCUCCACCUGGGGGCCUUCGCCGGCCCAGAGGUCGCCUUCUUACAGAGCUGGCCGCUAGCCACCCCUUAUCCGGGGCUUCGCCCCCCUCUCAGGCGAGCACCAUCACCCUGGGGGACCUGGGGCUCUCCCUGGAGGAGGAGCUGGCCAGCCCCGGGCUCUUGAGUCUGGAGGAGAUCUCCGAGAGGUAUGAGUCCAGCCACCUGGCGUCUGCCACGUCCGUCCCCGAGCAGGAUCCCCCUAAGCCCUGGAAGCAGCUGGAGCAGUGGGUGGCCGACCUGCAGGCCGAGGUGGUGUCCCUGCGGGAACACAGGGACCGCUGUGAGCCGGCCAUGCUGAGCCUGCUCCGGGAAAUGCUCCGGCUGCGGGCCUGCGUGAAACUUCAGGACUCCGAGCUGAAGAAGCUUCAGCAGGACCUACGGCGGGUGGCCCGGGCCCCCGAGAAGGAGGCCCUCGAGUUCCCUAGCCCCCAGAACCAGACCCAGAUGCAGGCCCUGGACAGGAGGCUGGUGGAGGUCCGGGAAGCCCUGACACAGGUCCGGAGGAAGCAGGCGCUCCAGGACUCUGAGCGGAAGGACACCGAGCAGGAGGCCAGCCUCAGGUUGGCCGAGCUGGCCGGGAGGCUGGAGCAGGAGGAACUGUCCCGGGAAGCGGCCUGCAGCGGUCUGCAGAAGAGCCAGGAGGAGGCGAGCCAGAGGGCAGACCUUGAGGUGGCCAAGGUGCAGGCCCAGGUGACCAAGCUCGGGGAGGAGAUGAGCCUCCGCUUCCUCAAGAGAGAGGCCAAGCUGUGCGGCUUCCUGCAGAAGAGCUUCCUGGCCCUGGAGAAGAGGAUGAAGGUCUCGGAGAGCGCCCGGCUCAAGGCGGAGGGCGGCCUGCGGGAGGAGCUGGACAGCAGGUGGCGGGGGCUGCAGGAGCUGGCCGAGGAGCGCGUCCAGGCCCUGCAGGGGCAGCACGAGCAGCAGGAAGCACGCCGCCUCCUGGAGCAGUGCCGGGGCCUGGACGGGGCCGUGGUCCAGCUGACCAAGUUCGUACGGCAGAACCAGGUGUCCCUGAGCCGCAUCCUCCUGGCCGAGCAGAAGGCCCGGGACGUCAAGGGGCACCUGGAGGAGACCCGGGCCGGGGAGCUGGCCACCUGCCUGCGGGAGAACCUGACAGCCGUGCAGCUGGCCGGGGAGCUGGCCCAGCGGGAGGUGCGCAGCGCGCUGGAGGUGCAACGAGAGAAGAGCCAGGCCCUGGAGGUGUCGCUGGCCGAGCUGGAGACGCAGGUGAAGGACCUGAGUGACCACUUCCUGGCUCUGAGCUGGAGACUGGACCUGCAGGAGCAGACACUGAGCCUUCGGCUGAGCGAGUGUGUGACCGGCUUAUCUUUUCUUCCGCUGAUGGACACCGCACCGCCCCCUGGUCUGGCCACGGAAGGCGCUGCUGCAAAGAGAGAGUGGGAAGGCUCAGAGCAGAAAUCCCUGGAGGGCCUGGUCCGCUGUCAGAAGGAGGCUGAGGAGCACCUGAGGGAGGUGCGGGAGCGAGUGGACAGCCUGCCACGGCAGAUAGAGGCCGUGUCCGACAAGUGCGUCCUCCACAAGAGCGACUCAGACCUCAAGAUCUCGGCCGAGGGCAAGGCCAGGGAGUUCGAGGUCGGGGCCGUGCGGCAGGAGCUGGCCUCUCUGCUGUCCUCUGUUCAGCUGCUCAGGGAGGGCAACCCCGGGCGUAAGAUCGCGGAGAUCCAGGGCAAGCUGGUCACGUUUCAGAACCAAAUAAUGAAACUGGAGAACAGCAUCCAAGACAACAAGACCAUCCAGAACCUCAAGUUUAAUACAGAAACCAAGCUGCGCGCGGAGGAGUUGGCCAGCCUGCGUGAGAGCUUCGUGCGGCUGUGGAGUGAGGAGGGCCCGUGGGCGCUGACGCUGGGCAGCAGGAGGGUCCUCAGGUCCCUGGUGAGGCAGCGGUUUUUCAUCAAGGACGCAGCCCCCGGAGAGGCGGUCCCCAUGAACUGCUGGGGCGUGUAUCAGGCCGUGAGGUGGCUGCAGUGGAAGGAGGUCCUCGUGAGCCGGGUGGCGCAGCGGAGGGCGAGCGCGGUCUCGGAGAGGUCCCUCUGCCAGGAGCCCGUCUGCACGCUCACUUCCGCGUCCCUUUCCCGGAAAUAAACGUGCCAGCUCCUGUU